AUGGCCGGAGAGGAGGAGGAGAGGGAGAGGGGGGAGGUGUCGCCGGAGGUGAAACGGUUUAUUAGAGGUUCCGGCGAGUUUAGAAGCUUGACUGGGUUGGUUUCUUCGAAUGUUGCAGCGAGCUUCCAAACCACCAUACAAUCUUCUCCUCAUCCCGACGCACAGACUGAAAUUCGGCCGCGUUACAGAGGAGUAAGGCAGCGGCCAUGGGGGAAAUGGGCGGCCGAGAUUCGAGAUCCAGUAAAAGCCGCACGUGUCUGGCUCGGCACUUUCGAUACAGCGGAAGCCGCCGCAAGAGCUUACGACGAAGCAGCUCUGCGGUUUAGAGGCAACAGAGCAAAGCUCAACUUCCCGGAAAAUGCCCGGCUCCGGCAACCGCAGCCAUUUUUUCCGGCGACAAGCUCUGCCCCUCAAACUUCGAUAAGAUUCCAGUCAGCCGAGACUGCGGGGGAUUACUUGGAGUAUCAAAGGAGGCAGAGCAAUGUGUUGUCGGAACAGUUUAUGAGUUCGAGUUCUUCUUCAAUUGUGCGUUCAGAAUCUUUGGGUUCUCAGGCCGUGGUGGGAGCAGCUUUGCCGGCGAGCAGCUUCCCUCUGUUUUACUCGGAGCAGCAGGAGAGGAUAUUGUGGGGACGAAGAGAGGGAGGAUCGGAA